UUGGGGCAGAUCAGCAGGGUUUGGGGCUUUUUCGAUGCGCUGUGUGGCAACAGGUCUAAGGUGGAUGGAAGGUUGGGGCAUCCUGGUCAUUACAGGUCGCCCUACAAAUCCAACUUUCGAGUCACUUCUGCUGGUUUGGGUGAUCGAACCAUGGGUUUGGAUGGUUUUGGUACGUGUGCAGUAUGAAGUGUGAGUGCUUGGGUAACCUGUGGUGAUGGAGAAAUCCACUGUCCAGAAUCCCAGGCCAAGACCUGCAGUAGCUUGAACUGGUUAGGCCAGGAAAAGUGGUUUGUUGGCAAACCGGGGUGAUGUUCACUGGGACUGGAUGCCAGAAUUGGGGAAUUGGCUUCACAAGAUGGUCUUCACAUGUUUCUAACACGGUAUUCGUAUCAUUCGGUUCGGUCACCUAAACUGUUAAGAGUGUGGGGGGGUUACAUGACAAGACUGCCGCUUGCGAACCGCUGCCGCCCACUGAAUCGGACCGAAUGCUGAGGCAAAAUGGCUCGCUUGGACAUGACCAUUGCAAUGGUCAUUCAUCAGCCGCGGUAUCCCCUCUUCAGCUUGUUUGAUGAUGUUUUACUGCUGGGGCCUGGAGGUCGUACUGUCUACCUGGGGCCAUCGCAGGGGGCAAAAGGUUACUUCACCUCCCUAGGAUUCGAGAUGCCCGACUCGGAGAACCCAGCAGAUUGGCUCAUGGAUGUCUUGUCUGGAGUGGUGCCCAAUGACCAGCUUUCAGACUUCCGCCCGGCUAUGCUCUUUGACAUUUGGAAGUCCAAGAAGGACUCCAUCAACAGGGAUCAAGUCCGAAGAAGCCUCACGGCUUUGGAAGAUUCGGGCGUGUUGGUGAAUGCCAUUGAGGAAGAGUGGGCCAAGAUCGACAAAGACUCCUCGGGCAGUAUGGAUGCCAAAGAGUUGUCGCUCCUCUUGCAGACCUGCGGCGAGAAACAGCCGCACCCAGAGGCCGUGUCCGAGAUGCUUCGGCAGAUCUCGGGAGGCAAAGACUUCGCCACCAAGCAGGACAUGGUGACCUUUGUCCAUCGCCUCCGUACCUCCGACCCAACCAGCGCCGGUGGCGGCGGCGGCACGGGCAUGGCGGCGCCGGCGGCGGUGGAGGAAACGCAGCGGCUCCUGACGCGGCAGCCAGGGGAGGCACCUACAGAGGGCAGACCCUUGCCACGCUUCACUUUGCCCCGGCCGGGCUUUUGCCAACAAUGUGGCAUCGUUCUGCAGCGGCGCUUUGCAAUGUUCAUGCGGGAAACCUGGCGUCGCAUGGUGGACCUGGGCUUGGUCUUCCUUUGCUCCUCGGGCAUCGGCGUGAUGCACCGAGGCGGCAACGGCGCCAACUCUUUGGACCUGCCAGGCAACCUGCACAUGUUCUUCAUCGGCCUGGCCCUGCUUUCAGCGGUGUCCUCCCUCAAAGUCUUCGGGGAGAACCGGCCCAUGUUCUGGCGUGAGAGUGCCAACGGCAUCAGCGUAGGCGCUUUCUUCACAGCACGUGCCUUAGGAAACGUCUUUGACGUGCUCUUGCUUGGUAGCACCUAUGUCUUGAUCUACUUUAUCUUGACCAGGCCUCCAGUGCCCUACAUGGACUACUUCAUUCCUGGCCUUUUAGUGGCUUUUGCAGCUGCGAGCUGGGGAUAUUUGAUCUCUGCAGUGAUUCAGCCACACAAUGCCACGACGGCCACGGUGAUGUUCGUCCUGGUGGGUUGCGGAAUCCUGGGCAACCCCUAUCGGACGACUGAUUUGAUGGAUGGAGGGGCCAAAGAGAUUCUGCUCUCUCUGUCCUUGAAUCGCUGGGCCUUGCCUAUGUGCUUGUCCGCCACCAUUGAGUCCGCCCAAAGCGAGUCGUUGUGUAUCGAUGUGAAUGUCCUCUUGGCGCACCAGGUUUACCACAAUGAGAUGUCACACGGGAAGUACACUUUGUGGAACCAGGGGGUCUUGGCUUUGUCCUGCACCACCCUGGUGGUCACGCUCCUGGCCUUCCUAGGGCUGAAAUUCACCAACCGCAGCAAGCAGGAUCCACCCGCUUGUAGCCAGCUGCCGCACAUGGGACGGUUCCCUGGUGAGACGCCAGAGGAGAGCCAAAGGGCGUGGCCCAUGAACUACACCCCCACGCAGCUUCAGUGCUGGCCGCAAAACGCCAACCAGCAGCCGGCCUUUUGCAAGCUCUACUCGCCGGUGCUGCUGCAGAAUUUCACCGAUGCGGGGCGAUGUGCUGACCUGCAGCGGGUGACACUGCCCGAGGAAGAGUCCUGUGGGCAAAACUGCGCAGGCAACCUCUUGUGUUCUGCAUGGCAAGAACGACCCGGCUCCGGGGAGGCCGCUGGCGUCUCCGACUGCUAUCAAGGCGUUGGGGGCGACUGCUUUGGGCCCGAGGGGCCUGAGAAGCUCCUGGAUGCGGGGCGCUUUCAACAUGGCGCCUACCGAGUGUUGGCCAGCUUGCAGCAAGUGCAACUCAUGGGUCUCAGCCUGGCUUUUCGCUCCAGUGACCUGAAGAAGGCGCCCCGGCGCUGCAAGCUGCUGUGCCUGUCGUUGUUGCCCUGCCAGGCUUGGCAAUACUCUGAUGGCUUUGGGUGCUACGUGGAGAACCCCUAUUUGGGUCCCUUGCCUUACCCUCCGGUUGUCCAACGAAGCACAGCCUUUGCCCAGAAGGCCCAGGGCGAGUAUUUGCAGCGCCUUUGCCCCAAUUCGGUGAGCCGUGUGCGAGGGGACGCCAAGGAUGAAGAGGUGCAGCAGCAAGAGGCCUUGGUCGUAUCCUACGCAGCGAAGGCGACUUUGCCCAAAAAGGUCGAGGCCGAUAGUGUGGACGUGCCGAAAGCUCCCCCUAUCGCGCAAGCAGCGGUGAGCACAACUGAACUGAUGGAGCCUCCCUUGUCUCCGUCAACUGAUGCCAUUCUACCCCCACUAGCUCCUGCUGGAGCACCGUUACCGACAGUAGCUCCCACGCCAGCCCUACCAGCUGCAAUCCCCACUGCAGCCUUGCCGACUGCAGCACCUGCCGCAGCCCUACCAGCUACAGUCCCCACCGCGGCCUUGCCGACUGCAGCACCUGCCGCAGCCUUGCCGACUGCAGUACCUGCCGCAGUUUUGCCAACCGUAGCACCUGCAGCCUUGCCGACUGCUGCUCCCACUGCAAUUUGGCCUGCAACCCUCCCUCCCUCCCAACCCCUUCCAGCCACACCAGCUUUGCCAACAGCUGGGACCUCCAAGGCUGGGCUGCCGGGGGUUCCUCCCACACCCACUCUUCCAACCAUCCCACCUCCUGAACUACCACGUGUCAGCACCGGCGCCGAGUUCCGCAAGUCCGACAUCACAGCGGCUGGCCAUGUCGAGCGCAGUCCAGUGAGCCCGUUGCCCAAGGUGAAGAAGUCCUUCUCGGACUGGUUGGCCAUUUCCUUAGGUGUAGUGGGCUUAGUCCUGGUGUGCGCGGCAGCGCAUUUGCUGCGCGUGCACAAGCUGCGCAAGAGAAGGAAGGGUGGUUCGGAUGAGGCCACCGGCCUGCUCAUGUGA